CUGAGCCUGAGCAAUUUUCAGGCAUUUCCAUUGGCUCGUGGCGAAUUCACAUGGAAUCAAGAAGACCUCUCCAAAUGUGAUUACAACUGCCGUGUGAAUUCUUGUCAUCACGGUUGUCAUGAUUUGGACGAGCCAUUGUCGAAAUGCGAAACACGUUGUACAGAAGAAGGUAUCACCUUUGACAGCUGCGCUCAAGGCUGUCAUGCAGUGGAACACGCAUUCUUGGUCCAAGUCCAAGAACUUCUCUAUCAAAUUACGGUCACAAUUGAUGCUCUCGAUGAGAGCUUACGGUUACGAUGGCAAUUUCCUGAAGCUCUCCUGGCACAGGUUCAAGAAGUGGCCGCUGCCGAUGUGGGCUGGUAUGCUCAAAGCAGGCCGUCUGAUGGAAAAACAGGGUGGAGAUGGACUGCAUUACCUCCUACCGCAUUCCGGAACUCGACCCUUUCGACGGAAAUAAAUAUUCCAUUUGAACCUACCACUCAUCUACAGGUUCAUUUAGUCUACCGUAAUCGUGUUGGUGUGUCUCGUGCGAUCACGUAUCAAAUGCCUUUACGAGUUGUACCCAGCCGACUUGAGAUCUCGUCACAACUUCAGGUCGCUGUAGAUAAAGUAGCGAUAUGUUGGAAAGCUGAAGCAUCUAUGGUGAGCUCAAACAUCAUCCAACCGGCUGGUAAAAGCAACUUUUCUUCCCGCUUUCCAAUACAGUUUCUUUCGACCGGCACCCAUCUUCUGCAAAUGCGAAACACUGACGACUACAUUGUAUCCGAAGAACCACUGGCGAUUCCAUUUGAAAUACCUGAAGGCGAUUCUAUUACUAGCGUCGAAGGUAUCUCAUCAACUUCGCUUGUGGUUGGAAGCAAUCGUGGAUCGGUAUGGUUACUUUCACUGGAAUAUAAUGACACUGUUAUUUACACCACACCUACCGUGAUCCGGCAAUCAGAUGAGGUGGAACAUUCCGCAACGCAAAUCGAAUACGAUUCGAUGCAAAAUGCCAUUUAUGUGGUUCUAAAUGACAAAGGAAUUGCUCGUUGUACACUAGAAAAUCCUUCAUGUUAUGUUCUGCCCAAUUCUGAUUCUCUCAAUCCAAUUCGAACAGUGUACUGGCAACAUUCCAGCUUUUUGUACUUCCUUGGCGCUGAUCAUCAAGUCUAUCGGUCGGAACUGUUACCAUUCGAAAAAGUAGAAAACUAUCAGCUGUCCACAGUCACUCCUUUCACAGGUAAUCUUUUGUUUAUUUAUCUACAAUUUCUCUUACUUAUUAAACUAUUCACCCUCCAAUGGACUUUAUUGAUACAUACUCCGGUUAGGCAAUGUUCUGAUAUCGGCUUACAGGUUGAUAAAAUGGAAAUAGUCGACUUCGCUAUACUGAGCGAUGCCGUUCUUCCACCAACUCUGACCCCACCAGAAAAGAUCGGACUGGUUAUGAGCGACUUGAGAGCGAAAAUUAGCUGGAUCCCUCCAGUAAAUCUUCCUUUUCAAGCAUGUCCCGGUUCCGAGUACACCGCUUCAGUCCGUGUCUGCUGGAAUUCUGUCUGCUCACCGUUCGUGAACGUCAUCAAUACGGCGUUCGCUGCACUGAAAUAUCCACCGGUAGCCUUCCUUAGGCGGUCAAACGACGCCACCACUGCGUUCGAUCUUUUGGGCGACGAAAUGCAAGCGGACUGCGACGUCGUCUAUCAUCGAGUUUCUGAACCCGGCGAGGUGUUCCCGUUCACUAGUUUUCUGUCCGUGAAGUUCCUUACAUUAUUGGCAAGCAGGGCAGUUCUGGUGUUGGCUACCUCCUAUCAGAUUGUCAGUUAUCGUCUUACUGGAACUUUUUACAGGAUUUUCUCGUGCUCUUCACCUUUUGAAGAAUGUCCAGAGAUCAUUGGGCUAUCGUCGGAUGAUACGAGCGGCGAAAUUCAUUACCUUUUUCUCAACGGAACCACCGUCCUGUAUGAGCUGAAUCAGGAAGAUCGAACACCACGCCCACUAGCUACCUCAACUGACUUGAUGCGCCAACUGUUGGUGACAAAUAAUAAGGUAAUCUUUGUAACCCAACGUGGUCGAGUCGGCCAGAGUGACAAGAAGCUUGGCUCGUUGAACGUCAACUACGCCCUCGGUGAUGUCAAUACCGUAGUUCCAGUAAAUCCAACCGACAUAUCAAAUCGAGUGGAAAUUCAAGGUAAGUACUUCGAGGGUCAAGGUACAGAGUUGGUCGUUGACUUGACGAGUUUUCAGAUAUCACUGUAUAAAGACAAACUCUUUGUUGGAGAUGCCCACACUGCAAUCACAACACUCACGAAGAUGACGUUGCCGUCAGAAUUGCUCCAGUCAUGGUCAUCAGCUCAGCGAUUCGAUGUCAGCAUUGCCGGUUCGCUUUCUCCUACGCUUCAAAUUGGACUUCAAGCACCGUUGAAACCUCCAACAGCUCCAACAAACGUGCGACUCUAUGCCACCCAACAGAAAACUGUCGAUGGUGCUCGAGCGAUUAUUUCGCUUUUCUGGUCACCCCCACUACAAUGGAAUGCGACACCUUUUCAGUACAUAAUUAACUGUACGAAGGUAAACUCGAACUCAUCCUAUCCGAUAGAUUCACAGUUUCUUUCAACUGGACUUGGUAAGUGCAUGGAGGACCUGACCUCAGAGAAACUGAAACCUUUGGUGAGGUUGUUCGCCAUUGAUUCCACCAACGCUUUGAUCGCCAUAACCAAUGUCACCCAGGACGAGCCAGUGUCAAAGAGGGAAAAGCGCCAAAUUUCGCACAUGGAAUAUCAAGCGAUUGCAUUCAUUGGCAACGAUUUGUUUGCGGUUCGGAAAGAACACGACUCUCUCCAGCCGGUACUGGUCCAGAUCGACACCAACGACAUCGACAACAUCGUUCAUAAGGUAUCAAUCGGUGGAGAUGUUUCCCGAGUGGACACAAUGACUUCUGACUGGGUAGGCCAUCGGUUGUUGCUUGUGUCCGGUCAGGCGCUCUAUCAGCUUCCCCUUGACGCAUUUCUCACCACAUCACUUCUCACCCCAAGAAAACUCAUCGAACUGUCUACAGGAGCCACCGACGCCAAACAGCUGACGUUCGAUCCAUUCAAAAACACCGCGUACUUGCUGACUCGUAACGGCUCACUGUUUCUGCUAAAUCUGGCGCGUAGCCAUGAGAAGAACCUGGCAUUGGCUGUUCCUUGUCUGACAAGCCAAACGGUCACGUGGAUGAUGACAGAAUUUGCUUGGAAUCGAGCUUCUUCCCCGAAAAUCUAUGCUCUGACUUGGAAUGGUUUGAUUGUGAUCGAUGUCGAGGAAAAUAAUAAAUGCAAUGAAGUACGUAUCGACUGGAACAAAUUCGGAGAGAAAGGGCUGAAAGCGAUGUCAGCUUUUGCUAUUGCCGAUAAGCUGUUUGUGUUCGUCACUUCGUCAGAAAUGCUCAUUUAUGGUCGAGAGACGGUGGUACCAAUUCCCAUCACCUAUCCCCCACUUCGUCAAAUUCUUGCCGUUAGUCAGAGCAGUCAACCGUAUCCAGAUCGAUCCUGCUUCACAUUACCAUCUUCGGCUGGUAUACAGUUCACAGUGGUUAAUGAAGGAAAAACGGGAGCAUUCCUUGAAGUCUCGAAGCCUCCCCCACCAAACAUCUGCCAUGGCGUAUCCCUUCCACAAACUCACUAUGAGGUUUACUUCACACGGAAGAAUACCGACAAGGUUAAACAUAUUCGGAGUUAUACGGAGAAAAUCCAUGUGGAGAAUGGGAUUCUUGACAAAGAAACGGAUUACGAGGUCACGGUGGCAUGGCUGAACCGAUACUCGGAUGCUAGCGGGAUUUCCGAUGCAAAGUCGUUCCGAACAGGGUUUGGUUACCCAUCAGCGCCACGGUCCUUGCAAGCCAUUGCCGUCACUCCUGAUACGAUCUAUCUGUAUUGGAACCUUCCGGAAACACUGAACGCUCCGAUUGCAGAGAUUAAGUACAAGAUCUCCCAGCAGGCAUCCGGUUUGGCGUCACCAUCUAGUAUUGCUGUACAAGAGUAUUCCGAUGGUAUGUUUUCGCCCACGACUUCCGAUUCAGCAUCCUGCCUUGUAAGUCCGUGUCGGGCAAAAGUUGCCAAUCUAAGACCAGCGACCGAGUAUAGAUUCUGGGCCACAUCCAUUCACAAAUCACACCUCAACUCGCAGUUUUUAGAAGACGCCGAGGCAAUCUCGCAAGAGGCCUCUGCUCGUACAAAGGAUAUCCCUGGAACCCUUCGACCAGACAAUGUCACCGGUUCGUCAUUGUUGCUUCGAUGGAAUAGCCUACAAGCUGAGCAACCGCCGUCGGUUAUUUCGGUGCAGUACAAAGAGACAGGUAGCACGAGUGGAUGGAAGUCACCGUCAAAUGCAUCGUUUGAUCCUUCUGUAUCGACUAUCCUCGUUCUUAUAAAUGGCCUGCUUUCUGCCACUUCGUAUGACUACCGAUUUGUUGCUGCUUACUCGGGAUCAAUCACGAUUGAGAAUCGAGCGGUUGGAUUCAAGGAGUAUUACUAUCAAGGUGUACAACAAGCUAAGACAAAAGCUGGUGUACCGACUGCACCCCAGCAGGUUGAAGCUCGAAUGGAUGAAGAGGGAUGGAUUGUCUUAUGGAAAGAACCCUCUAGCGAUGGUGGUUCGCCCAUUACAAGCUAUGCUGUCGAGAUGCGACAUAAUCGUUCCGCAGAAUGGGAAAUUGCGGAGCGUGGGCUAGACGGUUGGAAGUUGUGGUGGAGACCGGCCAAAAGUGAUCGACGCCAAACAUGGGAAUUCAGAGUUCGAGCAGCCAAUCUUGAAGGGUUUGGAGCUUAUGGGUACUCAACCGAUACCGUAGGUGAGUUUGGAACUCUAAUUGAAACGAUUCGAGCUUUGCAUCUGAUCAUCGUAUUUCACAAUCUUUUAGUUCGAGCUCGCGCCAGAGCCUCCCGAUUGAAGAAGGAACGGAAUUUGGACAAGAACUGUAUCACACUGGAGAAAAUAGCUGGCCUCGAUCAAUCUCCCUGCCAACCAAUGCCACCGGAAAUGCUUAACGAAAUCAAAAGUCUCAUCAUCAGUCCGGAUGCCAUUGAUUUUAGCAAUUUCGAUCACCCCAACAUCGUGAAGCUUUUGGGCGUUUGCCUAGAAGGCCCUAAAGAAUACCUCAUUCUUGAACUCAUGGAAGGAGGUGAUCUGCUGAACUUCUUGAAGGCGAGCUCACCAACGGACUCCUAUCCAUCUCAACUUUCUUUACGAGAUGUGCUCUCGAUGCUGAUCGAUAUCGGUCGAGGUGGUGCAUAUCUGGAAUCGAUUCGGCAUGUUCAUCGAGAUUUGGCAGCCAGAAACUGUCUAAUCAGUUCACGAACAUCUCGUUCGAAUCGAGUCACGAAGAUAGGUGCGAUGAGCUCUCCAGGAAUGUCCACACAUUCCAGGUGGCUUGCUCCCGAAUGCAUAAUGGAAGGUAUGUUCUCAUCGAAAAGCGACAUUUGGGCGUUCGGUAUUCUGAUGUAUGAAAUAGUUAGCCUGGGACAAAAACCUUAUCUUAACAUGGACAACAAUCAGGUGCUCACACAUGUGCGGAAUGGAGGCACUCCACCGAAACCCGUGUAUUACCAUUUCCCAAAACACCAUGCAUACUCUCGUGGGAACCCUAACCGGCUGCUGCAGUAUGGAAGUAUGUACAACCCUUGGGAAGGCAUGGAUCCUUGUGAAGUAACAUCGGGAUCAGUAGCUCGUAAGAAGAAGAGCCAAAGUGUUAGGUUGUAA